AUGUAUACAACUAGGUUACACGAUGGACCUGCAGGAUUCAUCUCAAAGCUGCUGCUGCAGCAGGAGAUGCAGCAGCAGCAGCAACAACAGCAACAACAACAACAGGAAAUAAACGGGUAUCGACUACCACAAAAACCAUCACCAGAACCCCCAUCACCAGCAGCAGCAGCAGCAGCAGCAGCGGCAGCAGCAGCAGCAGCAGCAGCACUGGACCGCGUGCAUUUGGUAGGAGCCCAGGGACAUCUGCAGCAACACCAGGGUCUACAGCAGCAGCAGGACAUGAACCAGCAGCAGCACCAGCACCAGCACCAGCAGCAGCAACAGCAGCAGCAGCAGCAGCAGCAGGACAGAUGA